AGAGGGCCAGAGUCUGUUGAGGUCAUAAGGAUUUCUCGUAAUAGAUACACUCUGUCUACACACUAAGGAGUAUGUUCAGUAAAAGAUGUCAUAUGUAUACUUUAGCGUGGGGGAUUAACUCCAUCUUGCAAAAAUAAAAGAAGACAUUAGAUUUUGUGCGUAGCUACGAAAAUGACGUGUUUUAAUUCGAUACCACUAAGACCUGAUAUAUUACAUCAGAAGUGGUCCGCGAAACCAUUCCUAUUAAAAGUACAGCCAAUUUUAAAUAAAGUAAUGGAAAGUGAGAACAUAAGUGCUGAGCGAUAUUCGCUGUUGCAGCUGAAGGCCUGGUGCACGGCCGUUGGGCUAAACGCGAGUGGCGCAAAGGCCACUUUAGCUGCAAGACUCAGCGACCUAUCAGCGGAGGCACGUGGACUGUGCCCUGGAGAAAAUGUAGCUGAAAAUUCAAAAAGGCAAGGUUCAGCAGCAGCAGAUAAUUUUGAAAAGAGUGGCGAGGACAGUAGUGCAAACGAUGGUGAAAACAACGAUGGCGUGAACAACGAUGGUGUGAUCAACGAUGGCGUGAACAACGACAUAAACAACGGUGCGAACAACGGUGCGAACAACGGCAUGGACAACAGUGCGAACAACGGCAUGGAUAACGGUGCGAACAACGGCACGGACAACGGGGCGGGCAACGGAAGAAUUAUAAGAAGCGACCACGACAACGAUGGAGUGUGCGUUCGAAGCGACGUAGCUUGCGUACGUAGCGGUACCUUUGGGCGGCGUCCAGCAAGGCACACCGAAGAUAGCGAUAGCGUGAGUAGUGUAACAGCAGAACAUUUACCCGUUAUCCGCAACAACGACAAUGCCGAGGCAGCAGCCCUUAAAGUGGAGUUAUUGCAAAAAGAGAUUGAGGUCCUUAAACUUCAAAAGGCUCUGCUCGAAAACAAACAAAUGGCGGGAACACACGAAGUAAGCGACAAAGUUGCGUUCGAAACAAUAAAGGAAAUAAUACCAAUGUACGAUGGCGGCGAUGGACUUACCACAUGGUAUAAUCAAGUGAUGCACUACCGCGGCAUAUUCAAAGUCGACGAUGCGAUGAUGUGUGUGGCCAUACACCUAAAGUUGAAGGGUGCAGCUCUUACGUGGUACAAUGCUAAGCCAACGUUCGCCAACAAUGUAGACCAGUUAAUGAACGAAAUGAAGACGGUGUUCACAUCCGGCGAAAGAAAGCUCGAACGCCGUCGUAGGUUUGAAAACCGUGUGUGGGUGCCGGAGGAAAGUUUUUCAAACUACUACAAUGGCAAGUUCGCCCUACGAGCAGAUUUAAAUCUUAGUGACGAAGAAUUCGCGGAUUACCUUGUCGAAGGAAUCCCUGACAAGCAACUCCGCAACCAAGCAAGAUUGCACAAUUUUACGUCACCAAACGAUGUCAUGAGAGCAUUCCGCUCAAUUACAUUGCCGGAACGACCAGCAGCUGUAACUGUUCAGGCCACUACGCCAAAGACUGCAGGAAGGCGAAACGAGAAGCUGGGUCGUGAUAUGCCUGCGGACAGCAAGGACACUUCGCAACAAACUGUAACCAAUAUAAAAAGGAGAAAAAUUCAUUUAAUGCUUAGUUGACCCGGGCAGCCCGAUUAGCUUAAUGAAACAAAAUGUGGUGCCGUCAGGGGUGAAGCUAGAGGAAGUAAAAGAAACGUACUAUGGAUUAAAUAAGUCAAUUUUGAAAAUUAUCGGAAAAAUGAAGUGUAGUAUCAAAGUCCUGAAUAAAGAUGUGUUAAUUGAAAUUUUAGUGGUUCCUAAUGGGUGUGUUGGUUACUCGGUAUUGCUAGGUAGAGAUUUUAUUGAGGCAAGCGAGGCAAAGUUGAAAAUUGGAAAUGUAGAGUUUAUGGAUAGGGUGGUGCAAGGUGAAGAAGAAAACGUUGUGAACGAAGUCGAGAAUAAGAACAAAGUUGAGAAAGUGCGAAGUUGAGGACAUUGGUGAUUCAGAUGCAACAAAGGAAAAUAUAGGUGGGAUUACGAGCAAGGUCAAAGAGGUGAACGAAGAUAAAGCUGAGAAAAAUAGUGACAUUAGUAAGACCAUUGGUGAGUUAUUAGCAAUCGAUAUACAAGAUAUGAGUGGAGUAGAGUGUGCAGUUAGAAGUGGGGUUAUUUAUAAAAACAGAAAAUUUUUCCAGGAGAUGUUUUGCAGAGAAUACAUAAAUGUAAAAAGGCCAGAUGAGCCCAGAGUCAAAAAGGAAAUACGGCUAGUUUUAGAAAAUGCGAAACCGUUUGGUUGCACACCUAGAAGAUUGUCGUACAGCGAAAAAACAGAACUACAAAGGAUACUAGAUGAAUAUCUAGCGAAAGGGUACAUACGUCCUAGUGACUCAGAUUUUGUCUCACCGAUAGUGUUGGUGAAAAAGAAGACAGGCGACUUACGAAUGUGCGUCG